AUGUAUGACGCUGACAAUGAUAUCAUAAUUCGCGCCACGGAAGAAUUAUUGAAGACAAAGCAUCCGGAUAGACAAGCGCUUGUGAACUCCACGAAUACUGCGCUAGAGAUUUUUCACAAAUGUGAAAUUAUGGACCCUGACGAUGAUGUGCUUAAACAAUUUAUUCAAUCCAUUAAAGAAGAGAAAAUUAAAUUUCGCGACUCGACCAACAAGUCUUUAAGACAUAGCAUACAAUUGUCCGACCAUGCCGACAAUAUGGCAGGCUAUUUUCAAGCUAUGCAAUCAGAAGGGCUUUCAUCUGAACAUUACUUAGAGGCAUUCGGAAACUCGUUUACAGACGCUCAGAAUUUACAAAAUGGGGCCGAACAGCUUGAGUCAGAAUAUAGUGCCAUCAUCGAACAAACGGAAAAAAUUAAAGAUUCCUGUGAAGAGCACCUGGAAAAUCUUGAACAAUGCGAAAAACUAGUCAUCGAGGAAGAAAUUUUACUGACUGAGAAUAAACCGUCUUCAUUCACAACAAGGUUUACUGAUGUCAUUGACGGAAUUGAAGAUGCGUCAAUUGCCGUGCUACGUCGAAGCAAAUUAGCAAACAAAUGGAUGAUUGUAUUGGAUGUUGCUUUGCCUAUAAUCAAAGUAAUUAUCAUUAACCUAGUUGAUGCUCUUAUUAAGGGGAAGAAGCAAGAAUUCAAGAAACAGUUGGCGGAACUUCAAGCAAUAAAGGAGCGCUCCAGUAAAAACAUUAAAAUUACAAGGACGCUUAUCACAAAUCUCAGGUAA